AUGCCAACCCAAGAUCCCCUCAAAAGGCUCAAGUGAGCCUAUGAUGAAUGUCAAAAUGAUCGAAAAUACUACUGAUUCGAUCACAAGCUAAGACUGUGUAGUGACUGCUGUGAUUCUCUCCAUUACAACUGCACAGUGCAAGCUAUUCGUUCCAAAGACGAACUCUGGAACGCUGUAGGACUUCUUCAUCACUUUGUGGCAUCACUCACUAAGAAGGCCAAUGCAUACAAACUCAUGGAGAAUAUCAGCGGACUUGCAAACUGCAUGAAGCAUAUCUCUGGCUUGUUUGAAGCUUUCGAACAAGAAGCCAGAAUUGCAAUGAAGAAGGACCAGUUCCUGAAAUUCCACUUGCUCAUUGAAGAAGCAAGAAAAAUCAAAUCUGACAUAUUUGGAGGAAACUUUGGAAGAGUCGGAAACUACGAGCCAGGCUCUAACCCAAUCCUUAAACUGUUGUUCGACAGCGAACUGGUAGGACUAACUUACAGCAAGAUUGGCGCGGUCCAGAAAGAAUCAAUUAGAAAAUCGCCAGAAUUUGAGGAGACUGUCAGAGAAGUAACCACAGAGUUCAAAGACCACAUCGAGGCCAAAACAAAGAAAGAAAUACAAGAAAAGGCAAAAGAGAUCGAAGAGAAAACUGAAGCCAAAUACCAGAAACAAAUCCAAGAUCUCCAAGAGGAUAUGAAAAGCAAAGAGAAGAUAUAGAAAAGAUAGUUAUCGAGCUCACCAAUAAAAUAAAAGCACAAGAAGACCUGAUUGGAAGAGAACAAAUUCAAAAAGAUGACUUCGAGAGAGAACUCUCUGCACUUACUCUUCAGCAUAACCAGCUCCAAUCUCAGCAUGAAGACCUUAAAAACACACUUGAUGAGAAACAGAAAGAAUCAGAUCAGAGAGAAGUGUGAGAAGCAAUGCACAAAGAUACCAUUGGAGAAACAAAAACUUACGACUCAAAUUUUAAACUUGAACUCUAUUUAGACAAAGAAAAUCAAAAACAACUGAUGGAAGCUUACGCUCGAAAUAAAAUAAAACUACCUCCUAUCAAAAGAGUGUUCUUCCAAAAUAUCAAAAAUGAGCAUUUGGAUAAAAUAGAUCAGUUCCUGACUCACUCAGUUCCUGAUAAACUCUCUCUAUUAGCUCUUAAUCAUACUGACUCAACACUAAUAGAUGGAUCUAAGAUAAUAAAAGGACUUGAGAGCAGUUUACAUAAAGUUAUUAAAGAAAUUUGGAUUUAUUAUUUUGAAUUCCAGCCAUCUGAGCUAGAGACUAUUUUUAGAAGCUCAACCAAUACUGAGAAGUUAUGUAUUGUUGUAUGCAAGAUUAAUACACAAGAAAAGAUGGACUUUGGAACAAAACAAACAAAGAUUUCAUACUUGAGUUUUAAUUGUAGUGGAAGUAACCAUGGAGUAAAUUGGGGAUCUAACCCUAAAGAUCUUGAGAAUAUUAUCGAAGCUAUCAGUAGAUCUUCUGUUAAAGACUCUUUACAGACAUUGAACACUCGCUCUUGCAAGCUCUCAGUCUCAAAAGUAGAAGAAAUGUUAAGUACCCACAAAUUGUCAAAUAUCAAAGUAAUUGAAAAAGGAGAAUCUCCAUUAACUGAAUAA